AGCGAGCGAGAUGGCGGCCGCUGGGGCUCUGGCGAAGCACGAGCAGAUCCUGGUGCUUGAUCCGCCCACCGACCUCAAAUUCAAAGGUCCCUUUACAGAUGUAGUAACUACAAAUCUUAAACUACGAAAUCCAUCAGAUAGAAAAGUAUGCUUCAAAGUGAAGACCACAGCACCUCGUCGAUACUGUGUGAGGCCGAACAGUGGAAUUAUUGACCCAGGAUCAUCUGUAAUUGUUUCAGUAAUGCUUCAGCCCUUUGACUAUGACCCAAAUGAGAAGAGUAAACACAAGUUUAUGGUACAAACAACCUAUGCACCACCAACUAUUACAGAUAUGGAGGCAGUGUGGAAAGAAGCAAAACCUGAUGAGUUAAUGGACUCCAAAUUGAGAUGUGUGUUUGAAAUGCCCAACGAAAAUGACAAGCUGAAUGAUAUAGAUGCGAGCAAACCUGCCCCAGUAUUGAAUACAUCUAAGCAGGAUGGACCGAUGCCAAAACCACACAGUGUUUCACUUAAUGACACUGAAACAAGGAAGCUGGUGGAGGAGUGCAAAAGACUUCAAGCAGAGAUUAUGAAGCUGACAGAGGAAAAUCGGCACCUGAGAGAUGAAGGCUUGAGGCUCAGAAAGGUAGCGCACUCGGAUAAAUCUGGAUCACCCACAGCUUUGGCCCUCAGAGAGAAUGGCUUUAAUCCUCUUCCUUCACUUCUUGUUGUAAUUGCAGCCAUUUUCAUUGGAUUCUUUCUAGGGAAGUUCAUCUUUUAGAAAGAAUGAGUGAGAGAAGCAUGCAAAAUGCAGCUUCCUUUUUUUUUUUUUUUUUUUUUUUUUUUUUCUUGGCCAGAAAAAAGAUUUGUUUACCUACCACUUCAUUGGUAGUAUGGCCUAAGUGGCCAUUUUUGUGUACAGCAUCAUAACAGGCUUUGCCUAUAAUGAUCCCGCACGGUUAGAAAACACAAUCUAGAAAGACAAACUGUUCAGCUACUGGACAAAAUUGUACAUUAAGUCAUCAAUAGCAGGUGUCAGUUGCACAGUCAGUCCUUUCUGAAAAUUCAUAAAUAAAGAAUUGUUCUUUCUUUCUGUGGUUUUAAUAAGAGUUCAGAAAUUGUUCAGAGUCUUGUAAAUGUUAUUUUAAUAAUCCUUUAAAAUUUUAUCUGUUGCUGUUACCUCUUGAAAAAUGAUUUAUUAGAUUGCUAAUCCCACUCAUUCAGGAAUAUGACAAGAGGUAUUCUGGGGGAAAUGGUGCCUCUUACUCUGUAAAUUUUCUCCAUACCUUACUUUGCUAAUACCAUGGCAGAAUUUCUUUCUUUUCCCAUGUGAGGCAUUGUAGAGAGUUCUUCAUCCUUAAAAUCCUGUCCCAUAAUAUUUAACAUUACGGAAGAAAUAAAAUUGUUAACAGAUUUUUCUGCUGGGUAGCCUGUUUGUGUGUGUCGUACUUUUAGAAGGGAUUCCUAACAAGUUCAUUGUUCAUGGUAAUUUGCUACUUGUAACCAAUGGCUAUUUUGGAGUUUAUUUGCUUAAGUAUCUGGCUUAGACUGUUGUAACUGAAAUUUGGGGAAAGAAGGAAAAAAAAAAGGCUUCCAUUCAAUUUCUUUUUUUUAAAAAAAAAAAAGUAUGCUUUCUGGCUGCUUUCAGCUACAGAGAAGAGAUGGUUAUCAAAUUUGUUUUGGGACAGAAUAAUGUGGAUAUUCAGCAGUUACAAAUACCAGACAUGAAUGUUUUAAAUGUAUUAACAACUUGCUUGGAUUGUGCGGGAGUGUAAUAAUCAACCUUCUGUUCCAUUUUUGGAUCUUCUGGGUGUCUUCCAGUAGUCAACAUUAUUCUUUGAUUUCAUCAGGGUACUUAAUUCACAUAUACUACCUUGGUUUGUAAUUCUGUUUUAGAAAAUAAGAAAAAAAUGCAACUUGUAUGAUUCAGACACCCAUAAUGAAUUCCAUGAUGCAGAAGAGUUGAUGUUUGAGUGAGCCUCAGUUGCUCACCAUUUGAAAAUGAAAAUACUUUUUAUGUAACUCUUGACAGAUCAACCUGUGUUAACCAUGUAUAGCUAAGUUUUAAAGAAUACAUUUGGGGGUCUGAAAUGCUUCCCUGCACUUAAUCUUAUGUCUUGCCUCAUCUCUAUGUCAUAAAAAUGAACAGUAGUAUUGGAACAAAAUGUUAUCUGUACUUCUGACUAAGCAUAAUCCAAUACAGGGAAUUGUUAACUGAAAAGCUGCAGAAGGAUUAUACUCCUGUAAGCAAAAUUGUGUAUGCUCUUGGACAGCUUGACUUGAUGUGGUGCAGCUAAGUGUGUUAGACCUUGGUAUAUGCACACCUUAUGUAGCUGAGAAAAAUGUUCUAGCAAAGAUGUACGUUAUCUUGGUUGCCUUUGAUUUCUAGUGCUUUUUUUUUAAAAAAAAAAAACAGAACCAUAAUCACAUUAUGUUGUCAUUGCUCUCUGUGAUAGACUUUUUUAUAAAAUCUUGCAAAUGUGCAAGGAAGAUGAUGAAGAAAAUGCAAAUACUGCUUAUCUUUUCACUUAAGCAUGCAAGCACAGAUGUUUCCAAUUCCUUGUUCGAGUGUCUUCAUUCAAGUCUCCUUCCAUCCCAGUGACUGGAAAAACUAUGUUAAGGUCUUGAUUAUUUUGGUUCAGCUGGUUCAGAGUCGUGUAAUUCUCCCAGUUUUUCUCUAACAGAACAUUGCUGCAUCAAACUUCCAUAGCCUGUUCCAAACUGAUUACGUGGAAAAUAACAGAAGCAAUAGUGUGCAGGAUGUAGUUUGCCUCGGACAGAGCAGUCAUUCCUGCCUUGAAGGGUAAAGGAAAAAGUCCCCUGGAAGAUCUUUAAAUGUUCACAGCAUAGUGUACGGAGGGUUUUGAGGGUAGCUAGCACUUUCUGGGCUUGAGAGCAGAAAAAGGAGUCAUUGCUGAAUGCAGCUGACUCAGGUUUUGAUGUCUGGCAGCAGAAAUGUUAAAAUAACAAAAUCGUAUUGGAAUAACUUUUUUCAUAAACAAAAAACAGGUGGUGGUAAAACUUGGUCAUGGUUUAAGUAAUGUCUUCAAAGUGAAAGUGCUCAGCAGUCUGAUAACCAGUGUACUUACUAAUGGUAUAAGGAGACUGUCUUGGUUUCCAGUAAUCCCUUCAUAGCUGUAUAUAAAAUGUAAUGCUAAAACUAUUUUGCGCUCAGGAGUCACUUUGGAUGAGAUCAACUGUAUUCAGUGAAUUAUGUAAUAUGGAUUAAAUUGUUUGUCUUUGUUCCUGAAA